CUGACUUUCACGCAUGCGCACAGUACACAGAAGCCUUUGAAAAUGUCGGUCGAAGGUUAAAACUGAGAACGAAUUCGUCUCCAGGAAGCUCAAACAUGGCACGCCAGAUUUGUUGUCUCUCUUUGGAUAUUUAAGAAGUGGAGCCAGGGAUCCAAUUGACCACCCUUCCUGCUCAAACAGUGGGGAGGGAUUCACUCGAUUAUCACAAUUGAAGGUACAUCAGCAUGUUCACACUGGGCAAGGCCAUUCACCUGUUCUGUGUGUGAGAAGGGGUUCAGACAGUCUUUCCACCUGUGGACACAGCAGUCAGUUCACACCACACUGGGCAGAGGCUGGUCAUCUGCUGAAUUUCUGGGAAAGGAUUCACUCAGUCAUCUGACCUAAUGGCUCACCAGCGAGUUCACACUGGGGAGAAACCAUUCACCUGUUCAGUCUGUGGGAAGGGAUUCACUCAGUCAUCCAAACUACGGAGACAUCAGCGAGUUCAUACUGGGGAGAGGCCGUUCACCUGCUCAGUCUGUGGGAAGGGAUUCACUCAGUCAUCCCAACUACAGAGUCAUCAGCCAGUUCACACUGGGGAGAAGCCAUUCACCUGCUCAGUCUGUGGGAAAGGAUUCACUCAGUCAUCUACCCUACUGGUACAUCAGCGAGUUCACACUGGGGAGAAGCCGUUCACCUGCUCAGUCUGUGGGGAGGGAUUCACUCAGUCAUCCCAACUACAGAGUCAUCAGCAAGUUCACACUGGGGAGAAGCCGUUCACCUGCUCGGACUGUGGGAAGAGAUUCACUCACUCAUCCACCCUACAGAGACACCAGCGAGUUCACACUGGGGAGAAGCCAUUCACCUGCUCAGUCUGUGGGAAGAGAUUCACUCAGUCAUCCCACCUACAGAGACAUCAGCGAGUUCACACUGGGGAGAGGCCGUUCACCUGCUCAGAAUGUGGGAAAGGAUUCACUCUGUCAUCUACCCUACUGGUACAUCAGCGAGUUCACACUGGGGAGAGGCCGUUCACCUGCUCAGAAUGUGGUAAGGGAUUCACUCUGUCAUCUACCCUACUGCUACAUCAGCGAGUUCACAGUGGGGAGAAGCCAUUCACCUGCUCAGUCUGUGGGAAAGGAUUCACUCUGUCAUCUACCCUACUGGUACAUCAGCGAGUUCACACUGGCGAGAAGCCGUUCACCUGUGCAGUCUGUGGGAAGGGAUUCACUCAGUCAUCCCACCUACAGAGUCAUCAGCAAAUUCACACUGGGGAGAAGCCAUUCAUCUGCUCAGAAUGUGGGAAGGGAUUCACUGAGUCAUCCAACUUACAGAAACACCAGCGAGUUCACACUGGGGAGAAGCCGUUCGCCUGCUCGGACUGUGGGAAGAGAUUCACUCGGUCAUCCCACCUACAGAGGCACCAGCUUGUUCACACUGGGGAGAAGCCGUUCACCUGCUCGGACUGUGGGAAGAGAUUUACUCGGUCAUCUACCCUACUGCUACACCAGCGAGUUCACACUGGGGAGAAGCCGUACAGCUGCUCGGACUGUGGGAAGAGAUUCUCUCGGUUAUCCCAACUACAGAGUCACCAGCGAGUUCACACUGGGGAGAAGCCGUUCACCUGCUCAGAAUGCGGGAAGGGAUUCACUCAGUCAUCCCACCUACAGAAACACCAGCGAGUUCACACUGGGGAGAAGCCAUUCACCUGCUCAAUCUGUGGGAAGGGAUUCGCUCGGUCAUUCACCCUACAGAGACAUCAGCAAGUUCACACUAGAGAGAGGCCAUUCACCUGCUGAGAAUGUGGGAAAGGAUUCACUCAGUCAUUCCACCUACUGGCACACUUGUCAGCUCACGGUGGCGAGUGGCCAUUGUUAUGCUUGUUUACAUUGCGUGCUGCUUGUUUAGUUUUAACCGAGGACACAGACACUCAGAGUCAGAUGGAGAUGAAGGAGGAAAAAUGGAGGAAUCGAAACCAGGGAACUAGUGGCCAAGGGUGACUGUUUGGAACUUUCCUUUGCCCACAAGUGUGGGCUAAUUAUCGAUUCACCAUACAUCGUAAGUGUGGUUGUCACCUCAUUUGAUCCAUAGCAGUGGAUCUGAUGUGGGGUAUCCUGCGGAGACCACUUAUGUGUUAACCAUUGCCUGGCUGUGGUAUGGCAGUUCAUUUUAAGAUGAUACCCCUUAUGGCAAGUCACUUCAGGUGAUAAUUAGUAUGUGGAUUUGGAAGGAUGACAGAUAAAAUCUACAGCAACUGUUGUCUCGUUUUACCACCACGGAACCUGUGGAAUACGACAUAAUUGCCUUCUCUCAACAUUUACCCUGGAUUACAAUUAUCUCUCGCAUCACCUAUUCUGUGGUUGAACUGAACUUUCAUACUCUACCAUCUCAAGACUCCAAGCCUUGUUUCCCCGGAGCUCAAUAGUUUGCGUGUUAUAUUUAUACACAUUUAUACACAUAACACUCACGAGGAAAUCUGCAGACGCUGGAAAUUCAAACAACACACACAAAAUGCUGGUGGAACCCAGCAGGCCAGGCAGUAUCUAUAAGGAGAAGAAAUGUCGACGUUUCAGGCUGAGACCCUUCGUCAGGACUAGCCGAAAGGAAAGAUAUUAAGAGAUUUGAAAGUAGUGGGGGGAGGGUGAAAUGCGAAAUGAUAGGAGAAGACCAGAGGUGGUGGGAUGAAGCUAAGAGCAGGAAAGGUGAUUGGCGAAAGUGAUACAGAGCUGGUGAAGGGAAAGGAUCAUAUGUCAGGAGGCCUCAGGAGAAAGAAAGGGGGGGGGGGGAAGCACCAGAGAGACAUGGAAUACAGGCAAACAAUUAAAUAUGUCAGUGUUGGGGUAAGAAGGGGAAGAGGGUCAUUAACGGAAGUUAGAGAAGUAAAUGUCAUCCCAUCAGGUCGGAGGCUACCCAGCCGGUAUAUAAUGUGUUGUUCCUCCAACCUGAGUUUGGAUUAAUUUUGACAGUAGAGGAGGCCAUGGUUAGACAUAUCAGAAUGGGAAUGGGACGUGGAAAUAAAAUGUGUGGCCAUUGGGAGUAGUCUGUUGCUGCUGGUUCAUUUCUAAAGCGUUACAGUUUGUAACAAAAUGGGGCCUGCAUCUGGCAUAUGAACAGAUUUAAGGAUUGAUUUAUUAUCGAUUUCAUCCCUUUUGAUUUAUUUGUGUGUGGAAAAUCAGCAGCAAUGGAUGUUGAUAGAUAUCUGGAAGUGUGAACCUCUCAGGCAUUAGAGGACACCAGAAGGAUUGAGUUAUUGAGUAUUGCUAAAACGUUAAUACUUGCUAAGGUGAAAUUGACAAUGAGGAGGGCACAGAUGCAGAGGGUGAUAGCUGAACAUUAUGUAUCUGAGGGUGUGUUUAAAGUGGAGGAGUUGGAGGUGUUUCCUGAAAGUAAACCUCAUGAGCUUGAGCUCCAGUACAAGUGAGAAAAAUUAAAGAUGGAGGCUCGGGAAAGGCAGAGGCAGUUUCAGGCUGGAGAGGCAAAAAAGCAGAAAGAAAAUUCUCUUACAAAGUGUAAUUAAGGGGAAGGCUUAGCAAGCCUAUUCUGCUUUGACAGUUGCUGAAGCAGCUUAUUAUUUAUUUAUUUAUGGUGCCCCGCCCCCCCCCCCACCCCCCAAUCAUUGCCACUGGGCUAUAAUUGCGCAGGAGCAGUGUGUGGUUCAGUGCUUUGCUCAAGGACACACAAGCUGCCUCGGCUGAGGCUCAAAAUCAUGACUUCCAGAUCGCUAGUUCAACACCUUAACCACAUGGUCAGAUCAGUUUGCUUUAACUCAUAAAGUUAUGUUUACCCUGAAUAAGAGUUUCCAAAAGGCACUCAUCAAGUUGUGGGUAAACCUAAUGAGCUCACCCCAGUGGCCUGUACCUGCAUUCGCUGAACCCUUUUCCAAAGUUAUAGUGGAUUGUGUUGGCCCAUUGCCAAGGACUAAAGCUAGCCAUCAGUAUCUGCUAACUAUUAUGUGUACUGCAUCCUGAUUCCCAGAGGCAAUACCUCUCCGAAAUAUUAAAGCUUAAACUGUGGCGAAGGCUCUUACCAAGAUUUUCACUUUAUUUGAUUUGCCUAAAGAAAUCCAGUCUGAUCAAGGAUGUAAUUUUACAUCUGGGUUAUUCCAGCAGGUAAUUUCUGAACUGGGAGCAAAACAAAUUGCAUCAUCUGUGUAACAUACAGAAUCACAAGGGGCUUUAGAAAGAUUUCAUUCUACCCUCAAAACAAUGAUUAAGACAUAUUCUGUUGAAAAUGGAACAGACUGGGAUGAAGGAAUACAUUUGCGUUCGUCCGCAGAAAGAGAGUCAGUACAGGAAUCAUUGGGCUUUACUCCAUUUUAACUCGUAUUUGGUCGCAGAGUGACCUUAGACCUUGUUAAAAGGAACAGUGGAUUGAUGUUAACUCGUUAGACUAUGUUUUGAGGUUCAAAAAUAAACUACACCAAACCUGUAGUCUAGCGAGACAAAAAGAUUUCUCAAAACAAAAUGAAGUGUUGGUUUGACAACAGGGCUCACGAAAGAAAAUACCGGGUGGGAGAUAAGGUGCUUGCCUUAUUUUGACGAAUCCACUUCAGGUGAAAUUCAAUAGACCGUAUGAAAUAGUCUCCCAAAUUAAUGAUGUGAAUUAUGUUAUUAAAACACCCGACUGACGUAAACUAACACAGGUGGUGCACAUAAAUAUGAAAAAACCUUUUUUGACAAGCAGGCACAAACUGUGAGUGUUGUUGUCAAAAUAUAUGAAUUUGGCAACCCUGAGAAUGAAACCAUUGACUCGUCUGAGACUUUUCACAAGCCAAACAUGGCCCCAGUAAGACUAAUGAACUCGGUUGUUCCAGAAAACAUUGAUAACAAGUUGGCUCAUCUGCAGCCAAAACAACAACAACAGCUGAAGGAAUUAAUUCUGAAGUUUAAAGAUUUAUUUCCCGAUGUUCCCAAGCAAAGCACGGUCGCAGUACAUGAUGUAGAUAUUGGUCAAGCCAAACCGAUUAAACAACACCCAUAUCGCUUGAACAUAGAAAAGUGUAAAUUGGCUGAGCAAGGAAUUGACUAUAUGCUGGAAAAUGGUAUUAUUAAUCCUUCAGCAUCAGAUUGGAGCUCACACUGCGUUAUUGUGCCCAAACCUGAUGUAGUGUUAGAUUUUGCACUGUUUAUAGGACGGUAAAUGCAGUAACAAAAACAGAUGCCUAUCCUAUCCCUAUGGUGGAUGAUCGCAUCUAUAAGGUUGGAAAAGCUAAAUUUCUUACAAAGAUUGAACUGUUGACAGGGUAUUGGUGUGUCCAUUGACGGACAGAGGUAGAGACAUUUCUGUGUUUGUGACACCAUCUGGGUUGAAUGAAUACAAUGUUUUGCCUUUUGGAAGGAAAAAUGCUCCAGGAACAUUCCAGGGAAUGUUUGAUUCUGUAAUUGGAGGGUUAGAACACACAGAUGCCUAUAUUGAUGGCUUCGUCACAGGGAGUGACACUUGGGAAGAGCAUAUCUCUGCAGUAGAGAAGCUGUUUGACAGG